AUGAUUCUACAAUUGUAAAAACAAUUUAAAAAUUGUAUAUUAAUGCCUAUUUCUAAAAAAAUCAAGAUUUAAAAAGUAUCUCAAGUUUAAAUGUUUUCAAGGAUAAAUAUUAUUCUCAACUUUAAUAUUUAACAUUUUCAAAUUCAUUCAUAGCAAUACCAAAAUCAUAAAUACUUAUAUCAUCUCUUAAUAGCUGGAAUGCAAAAAAAUUUAUACUUAAAAUUGACUUAGUUUAGGUUUAUGUUACAAAUUAUUAAUGAAUAAAAAUGAGAACAUACUAUUUUUAAGCAAUUUUAGUGAAAUUCGCAUUUUUUAAAAAUAAAUAAUUGGAUGGAAGUGUAUUGAUACAUUACAAUCAUUAAGCAAUAGUGAUACAAUUAAAUAAUUAUGUUUAAAUUUUGAGGAAAAUCAUUAAGUAAUUCAUACAAGUAUUGGAUAUAGUGGAUCACCCAUUAUUUUAGUUUAUAGAAAAAAAUCGAGAAAUAAAUAAAUUUAAUGGGUAAUAAAAUAAAGAAUAAGUGAAGAAAAUGGAAUGA